AUGCCUUCUUUCAAUGUCUCCAUGAUCCUAGUAAUUCUUUCCUCGCUUAGCUUCCUUAGCCUCACCAGUGCACAAGUCCCAAAUUACCGCUACCAUUUCUGCUCAAAUGAAUCCACUUUCACCCCCAACAGCACCUACCAGUUUAACCUCAACCACCUGCUCUCUUCCCUUUCCUCCAAUGCCACGCGUGAAAGUGGUUUCUACAACGCCACUGCCGGCCAAACCCCCACCGCCGCCACACUUUACGGCCUCUUCCUCUGCCGUGGCGACCUCACCACCGAUGCCUGCCAAGACUGCGUGGCAACUGCAACCACAGAGAUAGUUCAGCAGUACUGCCCUACAGGAAAAGUGGCCGUGAUAUGGUACGACGAAUGCAUGCUACGUUACUCGAACCGGUCAUUCUUUUCCACCAUGCAGGAAGAGCCCAGCAAAUUUCUGUGGAACGUGAGGAAUAUUAUAGAGCAAGACCGCUUCCGGAAGCUGGUGGAAGCCACGUUGAAUGACUUGGUGCCAAUGGCAACAAAUGCUCCUUCCGGUGCUAAAAAGUUUGCUGCUAAAGAAGUGAGUUUUACGGAAUUCCAAACGCUCUACAGCCUUGUCCAGUGCAGCCCUGACAUAUCCGGAUCUGAUUGCAAUAUGUGUCUUUGGGGAGCCAUGGCAAACCUACCGAUGUGUUGUGAUGGAAAGCAAGGGGGUAGAGUUCUGUUUCCAAGUUGUAAUCUUAGAUACGAAACAUACCCGUUUUACCAGAUACAAUCCGUCCUCACACCGUCACCGCCGUCACCAACACCAACACCAAUGCUUCUUCCUCCUCCAGCUCCAGGACAUCUCACCAGACCAAAAGCCAGAUCAGCAAUUACAACCAUAGAGUCCUUGAAAUUUGAUUUGGCUACAAUAGAAACUGCCACACACAAAUUCUCAUAUGACAAAAAGCUUGGUGGAGGUGGAUUUGGGGAGGUUUACAAGAUAUUGAAUUUUGAUGAAUGUGUAGACAUUGAAAAGCAAAGACUAUUAGAUUGGUCAAAACGAGACAAGAUUAUUGAAGGAAUUGCUAGAGGAAUCCUUUAUCUUCAUGAAGAUUCUCAGCUUAGAGUUAUACAUCGUGAUCUUAAAGCUAGCAACAUAUUACUAGAUGAGGAUAUGAAUCCAAAAAUUUCAGAUUUUGGUGUGGCAAGAAUUUUUGGAGUUGAUCAAACUGAAGGAAAUACUAGUACAAUUGUUGGGACAUAG